ACGCGCUUGGGCAACGGACGCGUGGUGCGCGCGCAGCCGCGGUUCCGGUUCCGGUUCCGACCCGGCAAGGAGGAGGAGCGCGAGCCCGGCCUGCGGAGGUACCAGCAGCUGGCGUCUGCUGCUGUGACGCUGCCCCGCGUGGGGAUGUCCCUCCGGCGCCUGGCCUGGGCCUGGCCUGGGCCGUGUUGGUGGCCAGCCCCCCGGAGGUGCCGAGGACGCGGCGCCCUGCACACGGCCCCGGCUGCGCGCUCCGACAGCAGCGCGCUGGGCUUCCGCCGCGCCCUGGGCUUCGGUGACAGGAUCGGCCUCAUCGACCAGCACGGCAGCCACACGUACAAGGAACUCUACUCCCGCAGCCUCUGCCUGUCCCGGGAGAUCUGCCGGCUCCGUGGGCGUGCCGACGGGGACCUCCGGGAGGAGAGGGUCUCCCUCCUGUGCGGCAAUGACGUCUCCUUCGUGGUGGCGCAGUGGGCCACGUGGAUGAGCGGCGGCAUCGCCGUCCCCCUCUACAGGAAGCACCCCCGGGCCCAGCUGGAGUAUUUCAUCCAGGACUCGCGCAGCUCCGUGGUCCUCGCCGGCCCGGAGCACGUGGAGCUCCUGAGCCCGGUGGUCCAGAAGCUGGGGGUCCCACUCCUGCCUCUCCCGCCCGCAGUCUACCACGGGUCAGCCGAGGACCCCGGGGAAGGCCAGGUGCCAGAGCGGGACUGGAGAGACCGGGGCGCCAUGAUCAUCUACACCAGCGGGACCACGGGGAGACCCAAGGGCGUCCUGAGCACCCAUCACAACAUCAGGGCCGUGGUGAUGGGGCUGGUCCGCAAGUGGGCCUGGACGAAGGACGACGUGAUCCUCCACGUCCUCCCGCUGCACCACGUCCACGGCGUGGUCAACAAGCUGCUGUGUCCGCUCUGGGUGGGCGCCACCUGCGUGAUGCUGCCCGAGUUCAGCGCUCAGCUGGUUUGGGAAAAGUUCUUAAGCUCUGAAACUCCACGGAUUAAUGUAUUUAUGGCAGUGCCUACCAUAUACAGCAAGUUGAUGGAUUAUUACGACAAACAUUUUACCCACCCUCAUGUCCAGGAUUUCGUGCGUGCAGUUUGUGAAGAAAAAAUCAGGUUGAUGGUCUCGGGCUCGGCCGCCCUGCCCCUGCCUGUGCUGGAGAAGUGGAAGCGCAUCACCGGCCACACUCUGCUGGAGAGGUACGGGAUGACGGAGAUCGGCAUGGCCCUGUCCAACCCCCUGACCGCAGCUCGCCUGCCAGGCUCUGUGGGGACCCCGCUGCCCGGCGUCGAGGUGCGCAUUGUGUCAGAGAACCUGCAGAAGGACGGCUACCCCUACGUUGUCCACGCGGAGGGAAAUGAGGAGGACACCAAGGUGACCCCAGGGUUUGAGGAGAAGGAGGGGGAACUCCUGGUCAGGGGGCCCUCUGUGUUCCGGGAAUACUGGGACAAGCCGGAGGAAACAAAAACCGCCUUCACCUCGGACGGCUGGUUCAAAACAGGUGACACGGCCGUAUUCAAGGAUGGCAGCUACUGGAUCCGCGGCCGCACCUCCGUGGACAUCAUCAAGAGUGGCGGCUACAAGGUCAGCGCCCUGGAGGUGGAGCGGCAUCUGCUGGCCCAUCCCAGCAUCACGGACGUGGCUGUGAUCGGAGUUCCAGACGUGACAUGGGGCCAGCGGGUCACCGCGGUGGUGACCCUUCAAGAGGGACACUCGCUGUCCCACAGGGAGCUCAAAGAGUGGGCCAGAGGUGUCCUGGCCCCGUACGCGGUGCCCUCAGAGCUCCUGCUGGUGGAGGAGAUCCCGCGGAACCACAUGGGGAAGGUGAACAAGCAAGACCUUGUCAGGCAGCUCUACCCGCACGACUGGGGUGCCCCCGAGGCCGGGCGCCAGUGAGCCGGCUUCCCACCUGGCCACACCUCACCAGAAGGAAACCGCUUCGUGCCCUCCGCCCUGGCCUCGUGGCCACGGCACGCCACACAGCUCCGUGUGCUCUGCAGUCCCCGCCCCCCAGGUCCCUGCGGGUCUGGAGGUGUCACGGGGGAAGCAGGUUUCCCUGGAAACUCAAUAAAGGCU